AUGAGCAGCUCACAGGUCAGCGAUGGGAAGAAGAGGAUCGUGGUCCUCAUUUCCGGCUCAGGCACGAACCUCCAAGCGCUAAUGGACGCCUGUGCCUCCCACGCCCUCCCAAAGGCACGCAUAGUCCUCGUCUUCUCCAACCGGAAAGCCGCUCUAGGACUGGAGCGUGCGCGUACAGCCUUCCCUCCGAUCCAUACCGACUACCUUGCUCUCGUUACGUACCUCAAGGCGCACCCGGGGAAGACAAGGGUAGACUACGACAUCGAGGUUGCCCGCCGGGUACUGAGUGCACAACCAGACGUCGUCGUCCUCGCUGGGUGGAUGCAUAUCCUCUCCGCAGAGUUCCUGGACGUGCUGCACAAGGGGUCUAGCAGAGGUCAGGAUCUGCCUAUCCUCAACUUGCACCCUGCUCUGCCCGGCGCGUUCGACGGGGCUAACGCGAUCGACCGUGCGUACGCGGCGUUCCAGGCUGGCGAGAUCAAGCGUACGGGGGUGAUGGUGCACCGGGUUGUGACGGAAGUGGAUCGCGGAGAACCCGUGGUGGUGCGGGAGAUAGAGAUAAAGCAGGAGGAUAGCCUGCAGGAUCUAGAGGCGCGGAUACAUGAGGUCGAACACGAGAUUAUUGUCGAAGCGACGCAGCAAGUCCUUGAGCAACAAAGAUAA